CAUCAGUCAAUGCCAAGGGUUCACAUCCGCGAAAUAGCCUUCUGGAGGGCUUGAAUAUAUUCACUAUUUUCGCUCGUGGGCCGCGAGACGUACUGAUAUGAGCUUUCCCGAGCUGCUGCAGGAGGAGGCAAUUGAGAAAGUCAAACUCCCUAGAGAACUAUUUUUGAGAUAAGUAAAUACUUGCCCAAGGUACCAUAGCACUUCACGUAUUGCUAUUAAAUGCAUAUUAUAUUGUGGUAGUGCAGAAUGACACAAUAGUAUGUAAUUUCCUGUACUUAUUGUGCAAGACCGAGCGUUCGUUUUAUAAGGUUGGCAGUACUGUGUGUUUCGCAUAUAGCCUUGACUGUUUACUGACUCUACGCAGUGGAUUGAAAGGUUUUGUGUUUACGUUGGUGGAGAAGUAAAUCGAUUUCAAUGUUUGGCAGUGGUGGCUUCAGCAGUGGCACAACGGCGACGCCUUUUGGGCAGUCCCCGUUUGGAAAACCAGCUGGCGGUGGGUUUGCCACCCCUGCAUUUGGUUCAACGCCAUCCUCGUUGUUUGGCAGUACUGCAACAUCUGCUGGAGGUGGUGUGUUUGGUGCUGCAACAACUACCCCUGUAUUUGGCCAGGCUGCUACCACACAGUCUACAGGAUUUGGUUUUGGCGCAAAUACUACAGGUACUACAAACCUCUUUGGCAGUCCACAGACAUCUGUGGGUGGGACUGGUCUUUUUGGUUCCACAUCAUCUUCUGCUUUUGGUCAGAAUAAACCCUCAGCAUUUGGUGGCUUUGGUACAUCAACAGGCACCACAGGGGGUGGGUUGUUUGGACAGACACAACCCAGCCUCUUUUCACAACCUGCAUCAACUGGGAACACCCUCUUCAGUUCAGGGUUUGGCAGUUCGACUUCAAAUACUGGAACUGCCAUGGUGAAGUUCACUCCUGUUACUGGUUCUGAUACCAUGAUGAAAGGUGGAGUAACUCAAACCAUCAACACGAGGCAUCAUUGUAUCACAUUUAUGAAGGAGUAUGAGAACAAAAGCUUGGAGGAACUGCGUUAUGAAGAUUACAUAGCAGGUCGUAAAGGUCCUCAAGGCACUGGAACAGGUGUAGCAACUGGCGGUGGGCUCUUCCAGCAGCCAGGAACAGCCUGGGGAAAUGCCGGUGCAACAGCUACAGGAACAGGCAUAUUUGGGUCACAGACUGACAAGCCAUCUCUCUUCUCUGCUCCGUCUACAGGUUUUGGUACUGGUACAGGUAUUUUUGGUGCCCAACCAGCGCAGCAGACUGGACUCUUCGGCAAACCAACAGGUUUUGGUGCUGCUACUACUAGCUCGGGAACGGGUUUUGGAUUUAAUACCACUACCAGCUCAAAUCCAUUUGUAUCCCAAUCAAAACCAUUUGGCUCUGUUGCUCCACAAACUGGUUUAUUUGGCACUGCUACCUCACAGCCAUCUACAGGAUUUGGAACUCCAGCAGCUACUGGUUUUGGAGCCUUCGGAACACAGCAGAAUCAAGGACAGGGUAUUGGCAUCUUCAGUCAGAACAAAGCUCCAUUUAAUACUGCUCCUACAAGCACUGGCUUUUCAUUUGGUCAAAAUACAACACAGUCAAAUCUCUUUGCAAAACCUGCUGUGCAGACUUUCGGGGGGUUUGGCACAUCAACAUCCAAUUUUGGUAAUGCUGGCAGUACAGGACUUUUUAACAACACCAGCACUACGGGAUCUACACCUCUAUUUGGCCAGGGCAACACUUUCAAGCCCAGUACAACAGGAUUUGGAUUUCCAACGUCUACAAGCAACGCACUAGGUACUGGUCUAGGUCUUGGGACGGGACAGUCUCUAUUUGGACAGUCAACCAAACCAACAGGUCUGUUUGGUUCUGGCACAGGAACAUUUGGAUCUUCUGGUUUUGGCAGCAACACUGGCAUUGGACUUGGAUCAGCAUUGUCUAAUCCUCUGCUCAGUGGCGCCAACAAUACAACUUUCGGGCAAACACCAGCUGCGCGGGAGUUUCCAGAUCUUCAGGAUAAGAUACUGGCUUUAACACAAAUGCCGUAUGGUAAUCAGCCACUGUUCAGAAACACAAUGCCGGCCACUGGAAAAGCUGAUGAAAUUUUGAAGCCUAUAAAGCACAAUCCAGAACGUGAGGCACAGUUUAAUCAAUUCAAGGUUGGAGGAGCAAACAAAAUACGUGUUAGACCUUGGGGCCAGGCUAAGAAGUCACUUUUUGAAGGACUGGAUGAUGAUUCUGGAAACUUAUCAUUCACACUUCGACCAUCACCAAAAAGAUUGUUGCUGAGUGAGAAAUUGCUCGAGACACAAGUGACGUCCACAACAGAGCAUGGACCUCUUUUUGACAGAUCAGGAAAUGAUAAUGUUGGUAACAGAUCAGACAGACAUUCUGAUGUUGCCUCACCUAUUAUCACUGCAGGAAAUCGUGAUAGUUCAAGUUCAGACAAGGAAAAUGUACCCCGAUUAAUUAAUACCAACGUGAAUGUUGCUGAAACUCCCAAUAGAAGCAGUUCAUUGGAUAGAGAAAGCACUCCUGUUCGGCCACGGAAUAGUGCAGAAAUGGAAGCAAGAGAACAACAGCCAGUGGAGCCAUUGAGUGAUAGGUUGCAACAAUCUUCUAUAUCUGCAGGGACUGGAGCUAAUGAAGAAUUACCUGGAGAGAGGAAUAAUGAUGCAGAAACAGGUGGUCCUGUGGAACCGCACCCUGCAAAAAUUGUCUUGACACGUGCUGGAUAUUAUACAAUUCCCUCACUAGAUGAACUGGCAAGUUGUGUCGAGUCUGAUGGUAGCUGUAUUGUUGAUAACUUUACUGUUGGGCGAGAAGGUUACGGAAACGUGUUCUUCCCAGAUCAGAUGGAUGUUGCUGGUCUCAAUUUAGAUGAAAUAGUCCAUUUUCGCCAUAAGGAAGUACUGCUUUAUCCUGAUGACAACGUCAAGCCACCUUUUGGUGAGGGACUGAACCGGCGUGCUCAAGUGACUUUGGAUCGUGUGUGGCCUCAAGACAAGUCCAGCCAUGAGCUAAUACGUGAUCCAGACACUCUUGUUGCUCUUGGGUUUGAAGAGAAACUAAGGCGUGUUUGCUCUCGCAUGGGCGCUAGAUUUGUCGAAUAUCGUCCACAAACUGGGUCGUGGGUGUUCAAGGUUGAUCAUUUCUGAGCAGAAUUAAAGUGUCAGUUGCAACUUGGAGUUUCAACUAACAAGAAGUAUUCAGCAAGCAACUUGUGAUGUCUUACAGCAUGGAAAAUAAAUGUACGUAGCAGGAUCUCAUGCUGUUAGUUACCUUUCCUCCAGCAUUAAACUGAUAUUGCUUUAAAAAUUUUCUAAGAAAUGUAUCCAUCCAUAAGAGAUGUAUCUAGAUGUGAAAGUGCUUAAGAAAUUCAGACUUUUAUUGUAACUUUCUGAUAUUGAUUUCUGAAUCAGUUGUUUCUAGCAACCAUGUCAUCCCUGUAGUAUUCUGAAGCAUGGCAAUGAGGCUCAUCAGACUAUUUUAUAAUGCCUUGUGCUUGAGUUCUUGCAGCCUGCACUGUUAAUGUGUAACUGUAUUAUCAACAGUUGAUUAGCACAUAUAUAGUUUGUCAGUAAUGUAUGCAUCAUUGUCAUUUGAAGAUUUAAAAAAAAAUGAAAUUUAUUGUGUAUUACAGCUUUCUUAUUUCUGCUAUAGGACAAGGUCAGAUAAUUUGCAGCCCAUUAAUGGCUUACCUGUUAUCAUUGUAUUGAAAACAAUUGUUUAACACAUGCUGAAAAUGAAGCAUACAGGCACUGACAAUUUUAUGGACAAAGCUGUUAUUAUUACUGUAUGAAUCAUUAUUUAGGACUGACGUGAUAGAAAUAGAAAUAAUAAUGGUAGUUUCUGGGUAUGUUGUACUUUACUGUGUAAUUUUUUCCCCCUAUGAUAAGUGUAUUUAAGCUGUACAUUAUUGUUAUUCAAGUUUGUUUAUAAUAUCUGUUCAAAUAACUCAUUAUUACUGUUAAAUAAAUCUUUUUUGAAGAACAUUUUAGUUUAUAGAUCAGUUCAUAUAGGUAAAUGAGAGAAAUACAUGUUUUUCUGUUUUACUGUAGUUUUAAAUAUGUCUUGUGCAACAUAAUACAGCUAAGUUAGAAUGCACAUUGUUGUUUCAUUCCUCUUUCAUUAAUUGUAAAUCAUUAGCUAAGUUUUAGGAUCUUGUUCCUGGCUUGAGUUUGCUGAUUUUAUUCUGAACGACUGAGCGUGUUCACCAUUCUGGUAUUAUGUUCAUUUUUAGACUGUGUUUUUUUUUUUCAGUACCGGAUGUGACAAUUUAAAAAACUUAUUCACGCCAUAUAAUUUGUGACAUGUUUGCAUUUCAUUUUCAUGCUUUCCAGAAGCCGCAGCAAUAUCAAAAUUCUGUUAAAGUGACCUGUGGGUCUUCCAAGUGUACAAUUUGAAUAAUAUUCUUGCUUUGGAUGUCAAAUCUUUGUAUAUGCUUUACUUUAUUAUUAUGAUUAUUAGUGUUGUUGCUCUUUUGUUAAUUGUCAUUUAGGAAUGACGAGAAACUUAAUUUAGCACUCUUGACAGUUCUCUCUUCUGGACCCAGCUUCUUUCCAUAAACAGUGUGUAUAGCAUUUAUUAUUAUUAUUAUUAUUAUUAUAAAUCUCUUGUGCAGAGGAAUGCUGUUUUCCCACCGUAUGUGGUGCUGUAUCAGUACUUCUAAGGAUUUGUCUCAGGUGUGACAAUCACAUGUGGCAUCUGUUUUAAACAGCUGUGUUUGCUCACAUCUUAUCUCUAAAGUGAUAGACAUCUUCAUUCUUCUUUGCAGUUGUUGCAAGUGCCCAGUUUCGCCUUUCUAAAUCGAUGAUUUUCAUAGAUAUUUGAUUCUUUAUUUUGUGUGUGUGUGUGUGUGUGUGUGUGUGUGUGUGUGUGUGUGUGAUAGGGAGACUGACUGAUCUUUAGCUAAAAUUUCUAGAUGCAAUAAUUUACCAACAGCCGUAUGUCAGUACAUGCAGCUGUUGGUAAAUUAUUGCAUCAAGAAGUUCAUGCCAACCAACGUCCCGUGAUCCAUAAUGGAUCAACGAAGAUUUAGCGAAAAUGUUUAUUUUGUUACAUUUUAGGGUUUAUUUACAAUUUUAAUUUAAUAAGAACCAUUGUAUCAGUGGAUUUUGUGAUAUAUGAGGAUUUUACUAGUUGCUUGGUGCAGCAUUUGUGUGUUGAUGCUAUUGAAUUCAAAGGUAUCUUGUAAUUUUUUUUUGUGUUGUGUGCGUGCUGCAACUUUUAUGCAUAGGAAUAUUACCUUUGCUGGAAAAGCUAAAUGUUAUUUAGACCCGUACUGUUUCUGUAAUGAAAUUAAACAGUUGCUGAAAAAAAUACGAGAAUUCUAUUAAUAAGCACAAUUACAUAGUGCAUAAGUUACCAAAAAAUUAUCAAUUUUUUGUAGAUAUCAUUUGGUAUUUUCUUAUUUGGUGAAUGUUCUCCUACCCAUAUACAGCAAUUAAUGUGAGUGAAACUAAAUUUUUGUUUAUGAACAUGCAGUGAAGAAUAACUCAACACAGCUGAUUUUGAGUUUGCCAUUAGUUAAUAUUUCAGUGUUGCGGAUAAUAUUUUAUUAGUUGUUGUGUCUGGGUAACUUGAGCUUUAUGGUAUCAUUGUGUAGUUUAGAAUUGAGAUAAAAGUAAGUUAAGCUCCUAAUUAAGUGAUGUGUAAUGACACAUGUUUUAUUGGUUGUGUAAAGUAAAAAUUAAAUUACCUAGAUUUGAAGAAGUUAAGUGAAUUGCAGUUAUAGACCUGUAAUAACUCAUAAUGUAUGUAAAUAUUUUUAAAAAAAUGGGCAUCAAGGUGGUGUUGCUAUUAAGAAACAGUAAGUUUACUACUCAUUUUACGUAUUGAUUAGUUGCAGUAAAAUGGUCUGGUUGAAAUACCUGUAUGGCUCAUUGUUUACUAUACUGUUUUAUAAAACAUACAACCAUUUUUCCCUUCUUCUGAAGUAACUUUACAAUUAAAAGUUUUCAUGUAUUUUGCUUGUCUUCAAAAUUUUAGUGUAACUUUUAAAUUAGUGUGUCUGUGCUGUGCAGUUGAUAGCCCAGAAGCAGUGAAAAGAACAUCAUGUGAAUACAUGCUGAAUGUGAGUAUUAAAACAUAUAUCAGUGGACUGCAGAGACAAAUUGUUGAUUUAAAAAUUAAAAAGUAGAGUAACGGGAUGAUGUAUUAAAAUUUUUAAAUUUGUUUAUGGUUAUUUACAAGAUAAAAAUGAUAGAUAUGUUGUACAGCUGUUUGCAUACAUACACAACUAGAUAAAGACCCUCUGUUAUUCCAGCCUUGAAUUAAAUUAAUUCGUGUGCUUUAAGUGUUGGGAGAAUAAUUCGGUGCUUGAUUUGAACCAUGGCCCCAGCAUUGUCAGUGUACAAAAGUAGCUCGGAACUAAAUUGUGCUACAUUUGUGUUAACAAUCUCCUCCAAGCGAUGGUUAUCCAAAAAUUGUCUGUUGUACAUCCAUUGUAAACUUUCUUAUAUUGUUCUUUUUCGGUUAUUAUAAAAACAAAUUUUUAUUAAUGAUUCUGACUAGCUCUGGAUGGCAGAUGUAAAAUGUGGGGUGGAAAGCGAAAAUUUAGGAAUUUGAGUUUUUGUAGUUUCUACAUUCAGCAUUAAAUUCUGAACAACUUGUAAAAAAAAAAAAAAUUAUUUCCAUCUCUAAAUUUGAGGAAGUUAUGGCAAGUUGAAUAUUUAUGACAUAAAAAAGGUGUUUUGAGAUACAGGCUUUUAAAGUUUCACUUUAUUAUCAUUGCUUAACUUUUCAUAUUUAAGAAACAAAUUCUGGAUAUAUAUUACACUUAAAAUGUCCUUUGUCAAGUUGUUUGGAGUUUUUUAAAUUAACAAGUCGCAAUAAGUGGAUUACUCCCUCAGACCUAUAUCACAUCAGUGUGUAAAUACAUUUGAAACCAAAUAAAUUUGCCCCUUGUUGAGAAGAA